AGUUGUGAUCGGAGGGAGGGAGGGAGGGAGCGGCGGACGGUUUGAAACGCGGCAGGUUUGGUUUCUUUUAAACACAGCGGCUGUGUUUCUGUUUUUAUUAUUUCGGGGCGCCGUGCGGGAGUUCGUAACGUCAUGAAACUUCGUUUUUAAAUAAAGCGCCGGCACGCGUAGCAAACGCAAUCUGUGUGUUUAAAACAAACAAACAAACCGACUCUUUUUUUUUCCUGGCUGUUAUUUUUGUAUUAAAACGUUUAUUCGUGUAAUAAUCUCGGGUGGAUGGGUGACAGGAGGAGGGGAGACCGGGCGCAGACCCCCGUGAGACGCUCAUCUCGUUUGCGGGAGAUCUCUGUCACGGCCGAGGAGGCGGUGUCGGCGGUCUCUUACCCGGCGCCCCUGGGAGCGGAGGAGUGGAGGGAACUGCAGCCGCGGAGAAGCAUCCGAGCGCAUCGGAGCGGGGAUCCCCACCCUGAACCGGAGGGAGCCGGCCGGCACGGCACCAGAACCGGGACCAGCGACAGAGUCCAGCUGGAGGCGCGGCUUGGGUCUCCGACGGUGGUCUUGGAGAGACUGAAGCUUGAACCUGAGGAGCAGCCAAUCGAUCCUGACCCUGCAGCAGCACUGAAGACGACACAGCAGGUCCCUGCAGCCCGAACGCCCUCGAUACUGCAGGAGCCCCCCCCAGCCGAGCAGCCCCCCGACCCGCCCGUCUGCAGAGUGCCCUCGGCUCUCAAGAGGGAGGCCAGCGAGGCAGCAGAGAGGCCCUCCUCGAACCCACAAGCCUCUUCAGAACCAGAGACCAGGAGGCCUGAGAGGACUGCUCUGGAGAGGCCACCUUCUAGACCAGGAGCUGCGCUGGAGAGGUCGUCUUCUAGACCAGGAGCUGCUCUGGAGAGGUCUUCUUCUAGACCAGGAGCUGCGCUGGAGAGGUCUUCUUCUAGACCAGGAGCUGCUCUGGAGAGGCCUUCUUCUAGACCAGGAGCUGCUCUGGAGAGGUCUUCUUCUAGACCAGGAGCUGCUCUGGAGAGGUCUUCUUCUAGACCAGGAGCUGUGUCUGAAGGCCUGGCUCUCGCCCCUGAGGGAUUUGCUGAGACGAUGUUCCGAUCUGAAGCCCCGCAGCUGGACUCUGCUCCCCCAGAGAGGCUCCCCUCAGCCCCAGGGGCCAGACAGGAGAGGCAGGAGAGAGCGGGACUGCAGACUCAGAUGGACGUGGUCCAGAGCGAAUUGAAAGCCCCGAAUCUCUCUGGAGCUCCGCCCCCAGCCAGCCCUGGCCGAGCGCGCUGGCUCCGAUUCUCCGCCCUCCUCCUCUGGCUCCUCCUCCUGGGGGGCGGGAGCUGGUACGCCGUGCAUCAUGGGAUCCCGGGCCCUGGCACGGAGCUGCUGAGGGAGCUGGGCAGUGACUGGUACCCGGGCCUGUGGGAGGGGCUUGCCUGGCAGAGCGAGGGGCCGUGCAGCACAGACUGCAGCUUCUCCCUGUUGGAGAGUAUCCCUGUGGGCCUGCUGUACCCCCCCGACGCCCCCGCGCUCCCCUCGAUAUUCUCAGCCUGGCAGAGUCUGCUGGAGCAGGCAGAGAGCAGCGUGCAGAUAGCAGCCUUCUACCUGACCCUGAGAGACAGCGAGCCCACAGCCAGCCAGGGCCGGCAGGUCUUUGAGCAGCUCCUGCAGUUACAGUCCAGAGGAGUGAAUCUCAGCAUCGCGGUGAACAGCCCUGAGAACUCAGACAGGGACAGCAGAGAGCUGCGGGAAGCAGGUGCUGAGGUGCGCGGCGUGGAUCUGAAGUCUCUGACCGGCGGCAUCAUUCACACCAAGCUGUGGGUCGUGGACAAGCAGCACGUUUACAUUGGCAGCGCCAACAUGGACUGGCGCUCUCUCACACAGGUGAAGGAGCUGGCGGUGUCGGUCAGUAACUGCAGCUGCCUGGCGCGAGACACGGAGCGGAUCUUCAGGAUGUAUUCCUCCCUGGGUCAGAGCGGAGCCUCCAUUCCUGAGCGCUGGCCCCGGGAGUUCACAGCCGGCUCCAGUAAAGAGCGCCCCCUGCAGCUCAAACUCAACGGGGUCGCUGCUGAGGUCUACCUGUCGAGCGCCCGGCCCUCGCUGUGUGCAGACGGACGCACGGACGACCUCGCCGCCAUUCUCAGCGUGAUCGGAGAUGCCAGGCAGUUUGUUUACAUCUCAGUCAUGGACUUCCUGCCUCAGUGCCAGUACUGCAGCCCCAGAGGGUUCUGGCCCCCCCUGGACUCUGCCCUGCGUGCUGCCUCCUGUGGGCGGGGUGUGGAGGUGCGCUUGCUGGUGAGCUGCUGGGAGCACUCCUUCCACCCCAUGUUCAUCUUCCUGGAGUCUCUGAGCGUGCUGAGACAGGAGCCCCUGAACUGCAACGUGCAAGUGAAAGUGUUCCACGUCCCGUCCAGCCCUGAGCAGGAGGCGAUCCCCUUCAGCAGAGUGAAUCACGCCAAGUACAUGGUGACUGACCGCGUGGCUUACAUAGGAACCUCCAACUGGUCUGAGAGUUACUUCACGCAGACGGCCGGUGUGGGGCUGGUGGUGAACCAGACUGGGGCUGCAGGGAGGGGGGAGCAGGGCACCGUGCAGAGCCAGCUCCAGGGGGUGUUUGAGAGGGACUGGGGCUCCUCCCACGCGGUGCCUCUGAGCACGGAGCACAGCCAGAGCUGCGGGCUGCACACACAGAGCUAGUCUACAGGCAGGGGGGGUGAAACCAGCCCUUUGACAGGCUGGGGCCCCGCUAUUCAAAGACUGGACAGCACUGCCUGAAAUCUGUGGAGCCAAAGCUAACAAGAGAGACGGGAUUGGAACAGAUGGAUCCUUUUCUCAGCUGCUGCAGAGAGAGUCUGUCCUGCUUGAUUUGAAGUGUAGGUUUAAUUGUGAUUUCUGAAGUGACUCUGGAGGAGGAAUGGGUCGCGGCUCAGGGAGCUUUUUGAAAUAUCUUCACUCCUUUCACAGCUUCAUUGUUUGUUUGUAUUUUUACAAUCCUCGACUGUAACUUUCGAAAUCUUUUACAAAGAAACGCAGAAUGAAAUGCUGCCUUUCUUGUUUUAAUUGUAGGUUUUCAAGCUUUAAUUGUGUUUCUUUAACACGGCGCAGCUUUUUGCUUCAGUGUUUUGUUUUUUUUUUAAAACCUGUUUUUACUUUUGCAUUAGGAAAGGGUAGGAUGUGUUUGAAAUCCAAUGCUUCUGUAAAAAAAAUUAAAAAAAUUAAACUAUUAAUUAUAAUAAUUUGAAUAAAGUCUGUUUGAAAUGUU